AUGCCCAAAGGAUUCCUAGUGAAAAGAAACAAGAAAUCAGCACAUGUUUCCUAUAGGCCUCGGUCCGAUGAAGAUGACUCCCAGGAGCAACCCACCCCAGCUGCCUUGCGGUGUCCAGCGGACUCCGCCCCGCCGGUCUCCGUGGCGUCCAGCCCGGACCGCGCCGCCGCGUCGCCGCAUCUCGCCGCGGACGCGCCGGUGCCGACUCUGGAGAAACCGACGCAGUUCGGCAACCCGGAGGUGGUGUACCAAGCCCUGUACAGCCCCACCCGGCCCAUCAGUAAGGAGCACGACAGGGGAUAUUUUGAGCGAAGUUUCAAUCUGGGCUCGCCUAUUUCUGCCGAGUCAUUCCCUACGCCCGCCUCCCUCUCCAGCCUGGACCAUCUCCUGUUUGCUCCCGUCGAUCUGAAAAUCGGCACCAGCAACAGCAACCGAAACGGCACCAGCAGCAUCAGUAGCAGCAUCAGUAGCAGCAGCAGCAGCAGCGGCGGCGGCGGCGGCGGCAGCAGCAGCAGCAGCAGCCUCAGCAGCAUCAGCACCAGCAACAGCAUCAGCAGCAGCAUCAGCAGCAGCAUCCCCUCCACAGCGGCCGGCAGCAAAAGACCCGCAGCCGACAGCAGCGCUGAGCGCAAGGCUAAGCCAGCCUCCAAGAAACCCAAAGCCAUCAGAAAGCUGAAUUUCGAAGACGAAGUGACCACGUCUCCCGUGCUCGGUCUCAAAAUCAAAGAGGGACCGGUCGAGUUGAAACCCAGAGCGCAGUCGUCGGGUGGAAGCAAACUGGGAGAGUUUGUCUGCCAGCUGUGCAAGGAGGCGUACGCCGACCCUUUCUCCUUAGCCCAGCACAAAUGCUCCCGAAUAGUGCGGGUCGAGUACAGGUGUCCAGAGUGCGAUAAGAUGUUCAGCUGUCCGGCCAACCUGGCCUCUCACCGGCGCUGGCACAAACCGCGGGCCCCCAGCGCACCGGGGAUGAGCGUCAAACCCGAAACCGCCAAAUUACCCAACGGCGCCAAGACCACCGCCGAGGAAGCCAAAGACGCGCGAGCCGAGCCGCCGAGCGACAGGGACACCCCGAGUCCGGGUCUGUCCGAGUCCGGCUCCGAAGACGGUCUGUACGACUGCCAGUUCUGCGGGAAACGGUUCAAGCGCCAAGCAUACCUAAGAAAACACAUCAUGGGGCACCAGGUGCUGCAGAAGAAAAUGCUGGAGGAGCGCGGAUUCCAGAGCAACGAGCGAGCGGAGGAGCAGGCUCCGGUGUCGUCAUCGUCAUCAUCAUCAUCAUCAUCAUCAUCACCAUCAUCAUCAUCCGCCUCCACCGAGGAAACCUCAAACCAAAGUCCCCUUAACCUAAGCCCCGUGGACUGCCUGCUCUGCCCCGUGUGCGGGGAGAAUUUCACCAACAGGGCCAGCCAAGAGAGACACCUGCGUCUCAUGCACUCCUCCCAAGUUUACCCCUGCAAGUAUUGCCCCGCUACUUUCUACAGCUCGCCGGGACUCACCAGGCACAUAAACAAGUGCCACCCCUCGGAGAAUAGGCAGGUGAUCCUGCUCCAGAUGCCUGUGCGCCCCGCCUGCUGAGGAGAAGACAAACACACUGGUGCCUUCGAAGGGGAAAUGUGGCUUUGGAAAAAAAAAAACGAAAAAAAAGAAGAAAAAAAAAAACAAAAACAAAACAAAAACAAAACAAAACCAAAAAAAAAAAAAAAAGAUUUAGCGAUGCUCAUUGCCAUAUACUGUAGGCCAAUAAAGGCAGGGAAACUUGGUGUUUUAACUGGUAUUUAAUGAGGUGUCUCUUUUUCAUGCCAAUCAGUGAUUGUUGAACGCUUCUCUAUAUCUUACGUAUAGGCCUAUUUUGAGAUUUUCUCUUUUCCUUUCUCAAAUUAGUUUAUCAGAAGGAUACAAAGCGUUAGUUUGACUGCUAAAAGGUAUUUUUCUAGUACAGCACACGUGCUCAAGUAUAGCUUCUAGACCUAAGAAAUGUUUCUGGAUUCCCACGAGUUUGUUUCUUUGUUUCUGUUUGUCAAAGCCCUUUGAA